GUGGUUUUAGUUUCAGGAUUUUGGCUUUCAUUCUUUCUUGUCGUGUCUUUCUUUCUAUCUCCUUGAGAAGCAGAGGAAGACAGUAAUACCCAUCUGAGAAUCAUUGAAGAUUGGAAUUUCUGGUUGGUUUUGGAAUCUUUGGAGGAUUUGAGCAAUGGGUUCCAUCAAUUUCUUCCCUGCAACAGCUCCUACCCGUUCAAAAGCAUUCAGCAACUUCAAAUUAUUCAAUGGGUUGCACUGCAGUAAACUUGUCCCUACAAAUGGGGACAGAUUCCAUUUGUCCUUGAGCCAACUGGGAGGCAAAUUGGUCUUCAGUGUCAACUGUCAUGGUAGAACCAAAGCGGCUCUAUUAGCAGGAGAAGGUGACCCCCGUUAUCCCAAAGCCACUAAUGCUGCAGAUGAAAGUACUAUCCUUAGUGGAUUAUCACCUGGUAUUGAUAUACAGCCUGAUACAAUAGCAUUUGGAACCAUCACAGCAGAAACCACUCCUGCAACUUUUGGUUUCUCUGUUGAUGAUGAUGAAUUUGAUUUGGACUGUCCCACAGAAGGAUUCUCAUCUAUUGCAGAGGCAAUUGAAGAUAUUCGUCAAGGAAAGAUAGUAGUGGUUGUAGAUGAUGAAGAUAGGGAAAAUGAAGGAGAUUUAAUAAUGGCCGCAGAAAUGGUUACACCAGAAGCUAUGGCCUUCUUUGUCAAGCAUGGAACUGGCAUUGUUUGUGUUGGCAUGAAAGAGGAAGACCUGGAGAGGUUGGAACUUCCUUUGAUGGUUGCCCAAAAGAAAAAUGAUGAAAAGCUUUCUACUGCAUUCACAGUGUCAGUGGAUGCAAAACAUGGUACAACUACUGGGGUUUCAGCUCAUGAUAGGGCAACAACAGUAUUGGCUCUUGCAUCCAAAGCUUCAAAGCCUGAGGAUUUCAACCGUCCAGGACACAUAUUUCCGUUGAAGUACAGGGAAGGUGGUGUUCUAAAAAGAGCUGGGCAUACAGAGGCAUCUGUUGAUCUCCCUGCACUAGCUGGUUUAGACCCAGUUGGGGUUCUUUGUGAGAUUGUUGAUGAUGAUGGUUCCAUGGCUAGAUUACCUAAGCUUAUGCAAUUUGCACAAUUGCAUAAUUUGAAAGUUAUAUCCAUUGCUGAUCUUAUCAGAUAUAGGAGGAAGAGAGAUAAAUUGGUGGAGCAUGCUUCUGCUGCAAGGAUACCUACUAUGUGGGGGCCAUUUAUGGCCUACUGUUAUAAGUCGGUCAUAGAUGGGAUCGAGCAUAUUGCAAUGGUGAAGGGUGACAUCGGGGAUGGACAGGAUAUUCUCGUGAGGGUACACUCAGAAUGCCUCACAGGAGACAUAUUUGGAUCAGCCAGGUGCGACUGUGGGAAGCAGCUAGCUCUUGCAAUGCAACGGAUUGAGGCUGCUGGCAGGGGUGUGUUGAUAUAUCUGCGUGGCCAUGAAGGAAGGGGCAUCGGUUUGGGCCACAAGCUACGUGCUUAUAACCUCCAAGAUAAUGGGCGUGACACAGUAGAAGCAAAUGAAGAGCUGGGUCUCCCUGUUGAUUCACGAGAAUAUGGCAUCGGUGCGCAGAUACUAAGAGGUCUUGGGGUCCGAACAAUGAAGUUGAUGACCAACAACCCUGCAAAGUAUGUCGGGCUCAAGGGCUAUGGCUUGGCGGUUUCUGGGAGAGUGCCCCUUGUGACCCCUAUCACAGCGGAGAACCAGAGAUAUCUAGAGACAAAGCGCGCCAAAAUGGGCCACAUGUAUGGUUUUGAAUCCAAUGGCGGUGGCGCAAGCAGUGUCACUGGUGGAAAUGGUAAGCCGGGCUCCGAUAGCUUGCCUGAUUUCGGACCCAUUGGUUGAAGCCCAGAUGUGUGAUUGAUUCUUUCAUUGCCAUCCGAAAAUUCCAAAGAAAAUCCUGUUGUUAUGAUAUAUAUAUAUAUAUAUGUAUAUACAUACAGAAUCUAACGGUGUUCAUUUGGUUCAAAUCAGACUAAACCAACUCUAGAUUGGACCGGGAUCAGAAUUUCAAAGAUUUUGAAUCGAAAAUUAGACCCGUUGGGGUUGGGACUAAA